AUGGCUUCUGCCGAUAUUGCCACCAGGGAGCUAAAGAAUCCCAUGGAUGUUGCCGAAUACUUAUUCCGACGUCUUCACGAGGUUGGAAUCCGCUCAUUGCACGGUCUACCCGGCGACUACAAUCUUGCAGCAUUGGACUACCUCCCUAAGUGUGGUCUCAAUUGGGUUGGAAACUGCAACGAACUCAAUGCUGGCUAUGCCGCUGAUGGCUACGCUCGUGUGAACGGUAUCGGUGCCCUUGUCACCACAUUUGGUGUCGGAGAACUGUCCGCCCUCAAUGCCAUCGCAGGCUCAUACUCCGAAUUCGUCCCAGUCAUCCAUAUCGUCGGCCAGCCCACCACCCAGUCUCAAAAGGAUGGAAUGUUGUUGCAUCACACUCUCGGAAACGGCGACUACAAUGUCUUCACCAAAAUGAGCUCUGGCAUUUCGUGCUACGUCGCAAACCUGACCAACGCCCAGGACGCUGCCACUCUGAUCGACAGUGCCAUUCGGGAAUGCUGGAUCCGCAGUCGUCCAGUGUAUAUCACUCUGCCGACUGAUAUUGUCGCUGCCAAGGUCAACGGCGAUCGCCUGAAGACCCCAAUUGAUCUUUCACUGCCUAAGAAUGACCCGGAGAAGGAGGACUACGUGGUCGGCGUUGUCUUGAAGUAUCUCCACGCUGCAAAGAACCCUGUCAUCCUAGUUGACGCUUGUGCCAUUCGUCACCGCGCACUGGAAGAAGUGCGCGACUUGGUCGAGAAGUCUGGCCUGCCAACCUUUGUGACUCCAAUGGGCAAGGGAGCCGUGAACGAGAACCACAAGAACUUCGGUGGUGUUUAUGCUGGCAACGGGUCUAACGCUGGAGUCAGUGAGGCCGUCGAGUCCUCUGACCUUAUUCUGAGCAUUGGAGCGAUCAAGUCCGAUUUCAAUACUACCGGUUUCACUUAUCGCAUUGGACAGCUGAACACCGUCGACUUCCAUAGUACCUUUGUGAGAGUGCGGUACUCGGAGUAUCCUGAUAUCAACAUGAAAGGUGUUCUGAGGAAGGUCGUUGAACGGAUGCAACCUCUGAACGUUUCUCCUACACCUACCAUCACGAACCGACUUCCCGAAAGCGAGCAACACUCGACCGAUCCAAACAUCACCCACAACUGGCUCUGGUCAACUGUUGGUCAGUGGCUAAGAGAAAAAGACAUUGUCCUCACGGAGACUGGCACUGCCAACUUUGGUAUUUGGGAAACCCGCUUCCCCCCGGGCGUGACUGCUAUCAGCCAAGUUCUUUGGGGCAGCAUUGGUUAUUCCAUGGGAGCCUGUCAGGGCGCUGUCCUCGCUGCCAAGGAGCAGAAAGACCGCCGAACUAUCCUCUUCAUCGGUGACGGAAGUAUCCAACUUACAGUGCAGGAACUAAGCACUAUCUUGAAGAAGAAUUUGAACCCUAUCGUCUUCGUUAUCUGCAACGAAGGUUACACCAUCGAGCGAUACAUUCACGGAUGGGAUGCAGAGUACAACGACAUUCAGCCAUGGGAGUUUGCCAACAUCCCCAAAGUCUUCGGAGCCAAGGACAACUACCAAGGCUACCGUAUCAAGACUCGUGACGAACUUACCAAGCUGUUUGCUGACGAGGACUUCAACGUGUCCGACAAGCUUCGAUUGGUCGAGCUGUACAUGCCUCGCGAUGACGCCCCUGCAGCCUUGAAGCUGACUGCUGAGGCUGCUGCGCAGCGGAACGGCAAAUAA